AUGGAAUUUGAUGAUGAUGAGGAUGAUGACAUGUUAGAAGUAGUGACCACAACACGGUCAGCAAAACAUACCCCACCGUCCCUCCGCCUGGACAGUUCGGACAGCUCGCCCAUAGAUGUGGUGUCCACUACAGAUGGGGAGGACAGUAAUGCCAAUCAUGUGACUGUCCAGCCUGUGUCCACUUCCAACUGGCUGGAACAGCUGGCCGAGAUAGCCACAGGACCAAAGAGUCCUUUAAUACAGAAACAGUCCACUGCUGAGAGAAGUCCCACCAAAAGCUUCCUGGAGUGUUCUCUCCAUUCGUAUGCUCGUCCGCCACGCACACGCUCUCCUUCUCCAGUGCGUGGGAACAUGAGAAGUUUGUCUUCCUCUGCCUCAGAAAGUCAUUUCAAAUAUAACUGUGAUGAAAGUGAAUCUCGUGUGAGUUCGUCGUCGCCAUUUCCCUCAUCCCCAUUAGAUGACAGUUAUGGCAGCUCAGGCAGCUGGUCGCAUUCCUGGCCCUCUGCAGUGUGGCAGUGCUUUAUACAAGGAACAAGAAUACGUUUCACAACGGGCAACAAAACAGAAUGGCAGCUAGCGGAGGACCUGGCAAAUACUUCAUAUCUCACAGCUCAAGCUUCUCAAGACAAUCUUCCAAAAGACAGCAACUAUGCUCCCAAUGGGCUGACACUUCUCCAUAUAGAAGAGUGCAAAGCCACAGAGCAGCGACCAGUGCCAUUUCUUCGCCUCAGGUUCUCCUCGGACAUUCCCACACAGUCAGAAAUCAUUGCUGAGUGUGCCUUGGAUCAUCCCUUCUUUGUCAGGGAGAAAGGUUGGUCCAGUUUUCAUCCCAGUAUGACAGUGGAGCACUAUGGUAUCCCUUGCAGUGAGCUGGAGGUGGGAGAUAUCACACUGCCUCCGUCACACCCAGAGGCCACCUUUACUGUGGAUGUCUUUGAGAGCUUCAAAAGUUAUGACUUCACUCCUAUGGAUUCUUCUGCAGUGUUUACUCUAAGUACAAUGGCCAAGAAAAGUAAAGAAAGCGACAGCUGGAGUCCCAAGUCCAGUCCCACCACUUCCCCCAACCGGAAGCGCCUCUCCAAGCCAGAGUCCCCCAGCAAGGCAAAGAGGCCCAUGAAUGCCUUCAUGCUGUUUGCCAAGAAAUACCGUGUAGAGUACACACAGAUGUAUCCUGGGAAGGAUAAUAGAGCCAUAAGCUGUCUUCUUGGAGAGAGAUGGAAAAAGCUGAAAAGUGAGGAAAGGAAGGCCUUCUCCUUGGAAGCCAAGAUGCUGGCAGACCAACACAAGAAGAUCCAUCCAGAUUGCUGGAAGAGAAAGAGAUCCACUUCUACUGGGAGUCUUGAAUGACACACUGAUCAAAAGGAGGGCACUUGAAGAAAAGAAAACUAAAACAAACAACUGUUACAGUAAAGUUAUUUUACACUGCCAUUUAUUCAUCAUUAUCUGCCUUUUUGGUCUGUGGACUGACCUCCCUCCAUUUUUUUUCUCUUCUUGUCUUGUGAAUACUUUGUAGUAUUCAUUAGAAUUCACUGCAUUUACAACAUUCCAUUUCGUUAACUAUAGGAACUUUGAACGGGUUAGAACAUUAGACCCAGACUACCCCAUUCUUUGCAAGCUGGCUUAAUUUAUUCUUUUAGGACUAUUUAUUCUUAUUUAUAUUAUGAUAGUUACACCUUUUAGUUUUACAGUUCUUGUAGUAAGAGCACUUGAAGUGAAUAUGUGGACUGUUUAUUAGGUGCUGUAUUACUGGCAUUACGCCAAAUUCAUCCCAGCUUUUUAAUGGUGUUCUCACGUUAUUAGUAAUUAUUUAGUAAUACAGCCAUGAGCUAAAGGAUAUAUAUAUAUAUAUAUAUAUAUAUAUAUAUAUGGUUUCAAGAUACAUUUGAUAAGGCUGCUGAACUUAUUAAAGAGUCUCCCUUAUUAUUAAGAAAUACUUACUGUUAUUUGAUAUUUUAAAUGUAUAUAUGAUGGAUAUAUAUAUUAUUUGUAUAUGAUUAUAUGAAUGAAAACAUUGGGUAAAGGUAAUCUUCCAAUUAAUAAUAAUAAUGUGAUGUCUGUUCAAAUUAUUAAGCAUAUUAAGUUUUUUCCAUACAUUUCCUUUAUUUCACUAUUCAUUGAUAGUAAGUAUAUAGCAAAUAUACUGCUGCUUUUUGAGCUAAUUAAAAGCAUAUUGUGAUAUGACAAUUACUGCAACAGUUACACUCCAGGUGCCAAGAUGAUAAAAAUGCAGUGAUUGUUUAGUUUUGAUACUAAGUUUUAAUCUUAAAUUAUAUAUUAGAAAUAAAAGUGAAUAGUUUUUUUAAUUCAAUUAUUUAUCAUGUGCUUUGGCAUUUCACAGUCUGUUACAGGGCAGAUUCAAAACUUAAUUUGUUUUCACAGAAUGAAUGCUGGUUUCAUACACCAUUUAGUUCAAAAUUUAUUUCUGGAUUAAAAUGAAAUUAUUAUGUAUAAUAGCUUCAUUUAAUAUUAUGAUAUAAUUAUAUCUCUAAAGUUGUGGCCUAGUACUGAAUGGUUGCUUUGACAAGAUAUACUUUUGUUUCUACACCUAGUCCAUGCUUUGGGGGUGCCUUUAUUUAAAUAUAGAAAGAAAGGCCAAUUGCUAUAACUACUGCAGCAGAUUGAAUAUUAAAAAAUAUACUAAAUUUCUGCAGGAUGUAAUUCACUCAAGGGUAAAAGUUGAAAUUUUACAAGUUAAAAGUCGAUUAUGAUCAUUAUUUUUACUACUGUUUAAAUUGUAUAUCAUGAUCUCAGCAUGAUGUAAUUCAGUCAAGCCUUCCUGUGCUGCAUGGUAUGUUAGGAGUGGUCAAGAAGUGGUCAGUCUGAUGGUGACCAGUACUGAUCUCAGCACUCUCCUGUUUGUGCCAAUUUGUACAUUUAUAGAUAUAUUUCUAAUUAUUUAAUGUACAUAUUAUCAAUGCUAUCAGAAAUCUUUAUAAUAUUAUAAUUGAUAUUUUUCGAUAUCAAGAAUCUAGUUAUUUACUAAGUUUCCUUCAGUGUAUGGAAUUGCGAAGAGAAAAGUUAAGGAUUUUUAGCUCCAGUUGAAAAUGAAAUGAUGUGAAAAGACAUUUACAUUCCUGAACAGACAAAUCUUCCAAGUGUCAACUGGUACCAAAUAUAUACUAAGUCUUAUAGCUGGCUAAGGCAACAUUUACAUGCUUUUUAUCCUACAGGUUAAUAUUCGGUUGUCAAUGAAUAUUCUUGAUGAUGGGUUAUGGAUACUGUGCAAACUCAUCCUACCCUUUCUGGGCUGCAGUUGUAAGUGGUUCAAUGUUGGACCAUUGUUUUGAUGCUGAUUUUUUUCCUCCUGUCAGUCUUUUUAGGUGCCUUGAGUACCACAAGCUGUAUACUGUGCUGCAGAUGCUAUGCCAGUUUUUAAUGCUUUUUCUUCUGUAUAAAUUCACAUCUUAUACUGUAAUUUGUUCUUUGUGGAAUGCAAGGAAAAUAUUUUCAAAAUUUAGUUAAGCAAUUUGUUUAUAGUGAUAUUUAUGAAGGCACUUGUGGAGGAGUUCAGUUUUCAAAAUUUGCAUUUAAUUUACAAUAAUUAUAUCAUUUUAGUUUUAUGAAGUCUAUCCAGAUUAAUGCUGUUUAUUAGUCAUUUGCACAUUAUUUUAUAUCACUCUAUUUUCCUCAACUCGAAAUUGUAUUAAAGAUGCCUGAUGUUUGCCCUUUUUUUGUCUAAAAGUUGUCUUGGUGCACCGUUUUGUAUGCUAAUUUAAAGUUUGUUUUCCGAAUUGAAUG